AUGACCAAAGACACCUCUUCCGCCAAUGCACAGGAAUCAUCCACUUUCAUCCCCCCCAGUGUGAUCCCCGAACGGCUGUUCUCCGGUGAUUCCUACGCGUACUACACUCCAUGUCCCGACGCAAUCACGCCUCAAAAUGUCUCUCCUACAGCCAACGAUACAGUCAAAAGUACACCCUGCGUUCUGGGGGUUGACGAGGCCGGGCGUGGCCCGGUUCUAGGACCAAUGGUCUACGGUGCCUUCUACCUUCCUCUCGAGCUCCACCACUCGCUUUUGACCGAACAGCAUAGCUUUGACGACAGCAAAGUGUUGACCCCUGCGGUACGUGCCAAUCUGAUGCAGCUUUUGAACACACCAGGAGACUCCCUGUUUGAGUCUUGUGGGUAUGCAAUCAAGGUACUUUCGGCGCGCGACAUCUCUUCCGGCAUGAUGAGAUCACCCACAGCAGUGUACAACCUGAACGCCCAGGCGAUGGAUGCAACGGUGGAGAUCAUUCGAGGUGUUGUUCAAGACCGUGGAAUUGAUGUGCGAGAGGUUUACAUUGACACCAUUGGCAACCCGGCCACAUACCAGCAAAAACUGGAGCGAAUAUUCCCAUCUUUGAAGAUCACUGUCGCAAAGAAGGCAGACUCACUGUAUCCCUGUGUCAGCGCUGCCAGUGUGGCAGCCAAAGUGACGCGUGAUGUUGCGCUGGAGAUUAUGUACGAAGACAUUCUCAAAGCUCAGCAAUUGUCUGGCCCAGCCCCUGAGACUUGGGGAAGCGGGUAUCCCUCGGAUUCAAAGUGUGUUGGCUGGCUUCGACGCAACAUGGACCCUAUAUUCGGAUGGGGCAAUGAAUGUCGAUUCAGCUGGGGUACUGCGAAGGAAAUGCUCGAACUGAAAGGUGGAGCAAGGGUUGACUGGCCUGCCGACGAGGAGGACGGCGCUUCGAGACUCAGUGAGUUCUUAGUAUCGUCUGGUCCGGGGAAAAGCACAACUCGAGAUGGAUUACGAGACUGGUACGGGCAGAGGCCAACAGAGAUACUAUAA